GCUCAAGUAUGCACCCAGCACGGAGCCAGCAGAUACUGCAGGAGAUUUAUUCUAGCUCUUGAGGUCAAGGACUCCUCUGCUUUGGAUUCAGCAGAGAGGGAACUCUUUCCUCGUAGCACCAGACAGGCUUUCUGCUUUGCAGCCUCCUGUCAGUGCAUGCCGCAGAUAAAGAAACAUCUGAGAGCGUUUUUAAAGGGUUUAUCCAUCCAAAGCACUGCUGAGCUAUGUGCUGUCUCCAGUGUCAGAGUUAGGACUCUUUCAACAAGGGACAAUAUUUGCACAAAGUGCAAGCCAGAGGCUCCAGCUGCUGCAAACUUUUGCAAGCCAUAAACCUGUGGAUUCCAAUUUCCUUGAAUGCUGUAAAUUACUCUGACAGAAUGGACAGCUCCAACAAAAAAAACGCACACAAAUUUUCUGAGAAGACAGCAAAGGAACUAGAAAAAACAGCUUGACUUGUAGGUUCUCACCUGACCCAUGACUGACUCUCUGCUAAUGCAACACUAAAUUUAAGACACCUUUGUAUAUCAGAUCUGAGGAUGUUUGUGCUGCUGUACAUUACAAGUUUUGCCAUCUACACAAGUGAACAACCUCUUCAAAGCCAGAGCAAAGGAGAAAAUUACUACACCAGAUAUAUCUGCAGCAUCCCAGGUUUGCCAGGCCCUGCUGGCCCCCCUGGAGCCAGUGGAACCCCAGGGCCACAUGGACGCAUUGGUCUUCCAGGAAGAGAUGGUAGAGAUGGCAGGAAGGGAGAAAAAGGUGAAAAAGGGAGUGCAGGUUUAAGAGGAAAGACUGGGCCAUUAGGACCAGCUGGAGAGAAGGGAGACCAAGGUGAGUCUGGUAAGAAAGGACCUGGAGGAUUGACUGGUGCCAAAGGUGACGUAGGUCCAGCUGGACCACCUGGACCUAAGGGAGAUAAAGGAGACCGAGGAGAGCCAGGAGCACCAGGGGUCUGCAAGUGUGGAAAGAUCGUGCUGAAAUCUGCCUUUUCUGUCGGCAUCACCACGAGCUACCCAGAGGAAAGACUACCAAUUGUGUUCAAUAAAGUCCUCUUCAACGAGGGGGAGCAUUACAACCCAUCCACAGGGAAGUUCAUUUGUGCCAUCCCCGGGAUUUAUUAUUUUUCUUAUGACAUCACCUUAGCAAACAAGCACCUUGCCAUCGGGCUGGUUCACAAUGGCAAGUACCGCAUCAAGACUUUCGACGCCAACACCGGCAACCACGACGUCGCUUCUGGAUCCACGGUGAUCUACCUUCAGCCAGAGGAUGAAGUAUGGCUUGAAAUCUUCUACACUGACCAAAAUGGUCUCUUUUCUGAUCCAACGUGGGCAGACAGCUUGUUUUCUGGAUUUCUCCUGUAUGUUGAUACGGAUUACCUUGAUGCUUUAUCAGAUGAAGAUGAGCUCUGAAGCAGAUGGCAAAUGACAUUCAAACUGGAGGCCCCAGCAAAGGAUUUUAUUCAUCUGUGUGGGGGAAAACAAAGUUGAAAUGAAAAAAAAAAAAAAAAACCUGGGAGUUCAUUCUUGUUUUGAUUGGAGCCAAACCUGAGUUCAUAAGGAUGUUUUUAGAAUCUAGGAAGGAUUUUUUAACAAACAGCAGGGAUAUCAAAAUGAACUGUAAUUAACAUAAGACUGCAUCACUCCAGGACUGACUCUUCCCUAAAAUUACAUUUAUAAUACUAUUUAAACAAAUUUAAGAUACUGUACAUUGGAUUUUAUAUAAAAUGUAUUAAUUUGCAAAUUAGAAUGGCUAUUUUGUAUAUUACAUUAAAGUAAAAUUGAACAAUUCACUGCAAUCUUGGUCAUUUUAAGACAGGCAAUACACUAAAAACAGAUGGGAGAGGAAUAAAGUAAGAAUGACAGUUUCAGGAUGCCACUGCACAGGUCACAAGAACAGUCCCAUCUGAUAUUUGCACCAACAAAUAUCACUCAUAGGUAACCAACCUCACAGUAAGUACAGGAAGAUUUGUACUAGCUGAGGACUACUCAACAGCAGUCAUAAAAGUCUAGAACAAAGCUAUCAAACAUAUAAAGAAAUUGAAAGCUGAAAGAUCUGGAAACUUGGAGAGAGUCAGUAUUCAGAGGGUAUUUUCAGUGUAAUUCCAAGUGUCUUUGCUAUUCUUUAAAUGCUAUCAUCUUUAUGAGAAGUGUGGAAAAAAACUUUAAACUUUUUGCUGAAGAUAAUUGUGGAUGCCCAAAAAUGACAGGUCAGUAAUCACUAAUCAGAGUAAAUUAUAUGAAAUGGAGUGAGUCAGACCAUUAAAGCAGAAGUUAUGUUUCAACAUGGCCAAAUGCAAUGAAAUAAAUUAAGGUCACACACAGGAUGAAAAUCUGCAUUCAGCAAAUCAACAAACUUGGAAAAGGUAGAUGGGACCUCAUGGAUUAUCAGCUAAAUAGAAGUUAUAAAAGUAGGCUGUCACUACCACCCUUUGGAUGUAUGAUAAAUGGAAUUAAAAAUAGAGAUGAAUAGUGGUUACAUAGGAAGAAAUUACUUCUGUCAGUGUCUCAAAAA